GUAAAAUGUAAACGUGUUUUUAUUAUUAUUUUUCAUUUCGUUAUGGGGAAUCACUAAAGCUUGACAUUCAUCUGCUUCUCCGCCACUCUCAGAGCAGCGAUUUUUGUUGCUGAAAAUUGUUACGAAUUUGCAAGCAUAAUCUGAUAAUAGCAGCCUUGAGAUUCAAUUCGAUCCCUCCUCUUCUUUACAUUUCCAUGGCUGAUUCUAUUUCUAGGGUUCCUGAGUGUGGUGAAGAUGCGAAAUCUGUAAAUGUGAGUCCUAAUUUCACUGAGAUUAUUGUAAUCCGUCAUGGCGAGACGGAAUGGAACGCUGAUGGCAGAAUUCAGGGACAUUUAGAUGUCGAAUUAAACGACAUCGGAAGACAGCAAGCUAUGGCGGUGGCAGCCCGGCUCUCCAAGGAGCCAAGGAUCUCUGCCAUAUAUUCAUCUGACUUGAAACGAGCCCAUGAGACAGCAGAGAUAAUAGCAAGGAGUUGUGGGGAUCUAGAGGUCAUUAAAGAUCCAGACCUUCGAGAGAGACAUCUCGGAGAUCUUCAAGGUAUUUCGCUCCGUGAAGCAGCCAAAACCCAACCUAUGGCUUAUAAGGCUUUUCUCUCUGACCGAAAUGAUCAAGUAAUUCCAGGUGGUGGAGAAAGUUUAGAUCAACUUUAUCAACGCUCUACUUCUUGUUUACAGAGGAUUGCAAAGAAACACACAGGAAAACGAAUAGUUGUGGUAUCUCAUGGAGGUACAGUCAGAGCAUUUCACAGGCAUGCCUCCCCACAUAGGAGGUCUAAAUGUAAGAUCUGGAAUACAUCUGUUGGUAUACUUCACUUGUCUCAUAAGGAUGAAUGGACCGUUCAACUCUGGGCCGAUGUAAGUCAUCUCAACAAGACGGAAUUUCUCGACUCAGGAUUUGGUGGGGACAAAACUUCCGGUUAAUUUUGGCAUGCCACUCUCAAAGCAAAGAGGAAAUGAGGGCCAUGAUUGUUCAUUGGAAUGUGAGAAGUCUGGGAUUUUCGUGGUUUUGAGCAACUGAAUUUGAAUUCAAAAUUCAUCAAGUAACAAAAUUAGCAAUUUGGCAAACUGAACAUGCAACAAUAAAGAAAUGAAGAACAUAUAGUUAGCAUUACCUCUAGAUUCUUAUGUCUUUAGAUUGUAUUUUCUUUCAUAUCAUUCUAACAUCCUGUCUAUAGCGUGACUCGGGUGUGAAUUCAUGGUCGAACAUGCCACUUGUUUGACAUAUACAUUUGGUUAAGAAAUAAAAUUACGCUUUUUGCUAUCAAUAGUUAGAUGACAAGCAUUUGAUCCUAACAUAUUGUUCAUGGUCAAGUAUUGGAUUCUCAAAAGCAAAUAUAUAUAAGAUCCGAACAGAAGAAAAAACAAGCAAGCUAUUCAUUGCUUAAGGUGACACCAGAGAUCUGAGGCGAUUUCAAACUAUUUGAACUUUAUGGGUUCAAAUUUGGAAUUCUAUGUGACGCCCAUGAUGAAGGGCGGGCCAAUGAGAGGACAUGUCAAAGACAAGGACUAACAUACUUCUAUGUUGACAAAUUUUUGAAGAAGGAACAUACAUGACACCUUAAGAAAUUCUCACCUUAGAACGAGAGAGAAAACUGAAGAUCUUUAUAUGGCAUAGCACAAGUUCACCUGGUAUACGUGCUAUUGGAGUCACAUUAUUGUCCCUAACAAAAUGAAGAGAAAAUCCAAAAAGGUGGUCCCUUAAAACAAGGGUAUGGUUAAGAUUUCUCAUCUAAAAAUAGAAUUCAGUCUCUUUUUAUAUUCAUCUACUCCAAAAUCAUCAAGUUAUUUUAUUUAGACAACCAAAAAAAAAGGGUUCAAACCCUAUAAAUAGGACUUGUUUUGUAACAUAAUUAACACAAGUUAGCUCAAAUGGCAUACAAGUUAACAGCCCUUUUCCUAGUUACACUUUUCCUCAUUUCCACAACAGCUCCAUUAACCCAUGGAGUUCUCAUCAAUGGCCAAAAUGUUAUUGGUCUAAGGAUACACGGGCUUUUAGUUUGUUCAGCAACUGGAAAUCCACCAGGCGCAGGAAUUGGAGAAGUUAAUGUUAAAAUCUCAUGUAAUGGUGGUACAACAAGCCUUGUCCAAGUUUUAACUGAUGCUAAUGGUUUCUUUCAAACUGUUCUUACUGCAUUGGAUGGAAUUUUGUUUGAUCAAAAUUCAACACCAUGUGAAGUGAUAGUUGACACUCCAAUUGCUAAUUGUGGAGUUGAGUUCCCAAAAGGAACAUUAAGGGCACCAGUUAGUCUUGUUGGUAACCUUAUUCAAACUUUGCUUGGCCUUAUUGCUGACACUACUUGUGGACCAUUUCACUACAUUCCAAUGUAAUAAUUUGCCUCUUUCAAACUCUUCUCCUUAUUAUAGUCAAGAAAAAAUAUUCGCCUAAUAUGUAAUGGCGUAUGUGUCUUGUUGUACUUUUUAUGUAUCGAAUAAUGGUCUGUACGUCUAGCGCCUUUUGAAUAGGGUGCCUCCUGAGGAGUACGGUUAUUAGAGCUAAGCUUCUAUUUUGUAAUAUUAAGGACGUGAGUUUGACGUUUCAAAUUAAACAAGGAGAAGAUUAAUGUUCUA